AUGGAAAAUGACGAUGGUGUUAACAAAAAAUUGGAUUUAUCUGGUUCGGAUCAUGAAAGUGGACCAGAUUGUAAGAAAGCCAAGUUAGCGGAUAACGAAUCUCAGUCGUCGUCAUCUGUGGACGAUCAUGCCAAAGCCAUGAAAGUUGCGGGUUUCUCAUUGAGCGCCAUUGAAGAGAUGCGUAAUCGUGCCGAAGAGGAUAGCAAUAGCCAGACAUUGGAUCAACAGUUACGACAUUUUCAGGUCUUAGAUGAAGUCGGCUCGAAUUCCGAAGAUGAUGAAGAGGGUAAUGAAAACGGUGAUGGCGGCGGCGGUGGUGUGCUGCGCAGCGGCAGCAACAAUCAACAAAAUGGCGAUGAAGAUGAUGGCGGUGAUGAAUCUUCCGAUUUGGAUUUGGACGAUGAGGAAAUUGAACAUUUGCUAGAUGAAAAUUUACCCGACGAUUUAAAGGGUUCCAAGAAGCCAAAAUAUGAGGAACGUUUUAAGACCGUGUUGGAGGAAAAACGUCACAAUCAUUUCGAAGUAUUACCAGAAGGCUGGGUACAGGUCACGCACAACAGUGGCAUGCCAUUAUAUUUGCACAAAAAGACACGAGUUGUUUCAACAACAAGACCGUAUUUUUUGGGAACCGGUAGUGCAAGGAAACAUGCAAUACCGGUUGGUUCAAUACCCUGCCUAAAUUAUCGACGAGCCUUGGCCGAAGAGGCUGAAGCUGAACUGAGAAAAUCUACCGAAGAAACUGCCAAAACUGAUGAAGGAAAUGGCAAUAGCGAGGCUGCCGUAUCCUCAUCAACAGUUACAAAUAGCAAAUGUCCAUUUGGCUUUUCAGCCACAUCAAGCACAGAGGAAAAUAAUGUUACAACUUCAUCCUCUGCUGCAACAACAACAGCCAUAGGUACCGAUGGCAAUAGUGGCGAACUACAAAAUGGCAUUCAAGAAAAUUCCAAUGAUGUAGAAAUGACUGAAGCUGCCACGACAGAUUCUGCUGCAACAACCACAACACCAGCCAAUGAUACUGAAGGCGGCAAAUCUUCCGAUGUGGAUAAAGAAAAAUUACGCAGCCUUGUGCCGGCUGCCAAAAUUGUCACCGUCAAUGAGAAUAUCCAAAAAGAAUCUCUUACCCCUGAACAAUUCAAUGAAUAUUGUCAGAAACUUUUCAAGUUUCGUGUUAUACGAGUGUUACGUUUUCGUUCGUGGAAUGCUCGGCGUAAAUUUACCAAAAAUCGUAAAAAUCUGAAGAAUAUACAAAGACCAACACUGCCGGAUGGUACAAAGCUGAUUAAGUUUCCCGUACUGGUGCCGGGUGAUGGUAAAUCAAAUCCUCGGGCUCGACGCGAAUGGAUUAUGAAUCCCAGUGGAAAAAGUUAUGUUUGUAUUCUGCACGAAUAUGUACAGCAUGCCCUGAAGAAACAGCCCACAUAUGAGUUUAAGGAAUUGGAAAAUGCUGCCACACCCUAUGCGGCCACGGUGUCGAUAAAUGAUUUGAAAUAUGGCACUGGUUAUGGUACCAGCAAGCGACAAGCCAAAUCGGAAGCGGCCAGAGAGACAUUGGAAAUUCUCAUACCCGAAAUGAAGGAUAAAAUAACGGGAGUGAAACAGGAUAAAAGUGCCGUGGCAAGGAGUAAUCAAAAAGAUUUAUCGGUCUUUGAUGAUAUACGAAUAGAAGAUCCUCGUGUUACGGAAUUUUGUAAUAAGACCACAGAGCCAACACCACAUGCCAUACUGCUGACAUGUUUGCAACGAAACUAUGGCCUCGGCGAGGAUGUACAAAUCAAUUAUGAAAUCAAUCGGACGCAUAGUAAAAAGAAUGAGUUCACCAUGACGGUGGGUAAGCACACAGCCAAAGUAUUGUGUAAAAAUAAGCGGGAGGGUAAACAGCUGGCCUCACAGGCUAUUCUGCAAAUACUCCAUCCCCAUAUUAAAACUUGGGGUUCGUUGCUACGUCUCUAUGGCAAUAAUUCCAUAAAAACCUUCAAGGAAAAGAAACAAGAGGAACAAGAAAUCACUGUUCUACAAAGUAAGGCUGCCAUUAAUCAACCCAAUUAUGCCAUUUUGGAUAAAUUGCGCAUGGAAAUGCUGAAAUUAUCCGAAAAAAAUAAAUCUGUACAGAGUAAAGGUCUCUUUAUACCACCUAGUGAUGUUGAUUUACCCUCUUCGUCGGGUUCAAAUUUAAAUAAUGUUGAACUAUAG